CCUCAAAACCUGUUAAAGUACAAGACAAGAAACUUAUCAAAUCUCUUUCUUUCCGGUUCGCGAGAAAUAUGCCGUUUAAGCGAUUCGUAGAGACUGGCCGUGUGGCCAAAUGCUCCCACGGGCCCCUCAAGGGGAAACUGGUUGCAAUUGUGGAUGUAAUUGAUCCAAAUCGCGUCCUCAUUGACGGACCCUGCACGGGGGUUAAGAGACAGGCAUACCGUCUCAAUAAUCUCCACCUCACCAAGUUUGUCCUCAAGUUCCCAUUCACAUCCCCCACCAGGGUCAUCCGGAAAGCAUGGCUGGCCGCUGAUGUGAAUGCCAAAUGGGCUGAGACAUGUUGGGCUAAGAAAGCCAAGGCACAAGAAAAGCGGUCAAAUCUCAAUGAUUAUGACAGAUUUAAGCUGCGCGUGGCCAAGAGAUCCCGCAACCGUAUGCUGACAGUACAGUUCAGAAAGAUGAAGCGGUAUGCAUCCAUUGAUGGGACGCUAUUUGGUGAGAAGAGCAUCCGGAAGCCCAAGCUAUGGAAGGAUCAGCUGGCCAAGAGGAAGGCCAAGAAGCCAAGUGGAGGAAAGACAGCCGCGGCUGCUGAGUAAAUUUUGGAUUCCAAGGCUUUUCAAUAAAAGAAAUUCACGCGGAGAUAACAAA